AUGCACUCGCCACCGACCACUACAUCAGAGGCACCCGCCCGGACCGACGCUCCGCCCCUCAACGUGAGCUCGACAGACGGCAAACCUAUCGAUCUCUCGACGACUGACAAUGUCAAGCUCUCCGACUCGCAGUUCACCAUCCGCGAAGGUGGCUACGGCUGGGUCAACGUUGUGUGCAUCAUCUUUGUCAACGCCACGACCUGGGGCGUCAACACGACGUUUGGCGUCUACUUUUCCUACUACCUGCAGCACGACUACUUCACGGGCGCAACGCCCAUGCGGUACGCAUACGUCGGCGGGCUCUCCGUAUCUGCUUGCAUGCUGGCCGCGCCGGUCAGCAACCUGCUCUGGCGCUCGUCCGGGUGGUUCAAGACGCCAAUGUACCUGGGCAUGGUGCUUGUGACCAUGGGUCAAGUGGGCGCCGGGUUGUGCAAGACGUAUGUGCAGCUGCUGUUUACGCAGGGGUUGGUGUUUGGGGUUGGAUUGGGGUUGGUUAUGGUGCCGACGCAGCCGUUGCUGAGCCAGUGGUUCCGUCGCAAGCUGAGCUACGCGCAGGGCUUGUCGGCGUCAGGCAGCGGGCUGGGCGGGCUGGUGUUGGCCAAUACAACGCGCUACUUGAUCCAGGAGAAAUCGCUAAAGUAUGCGCUCAUCUGCAACGGCAUUGUCUCGUUCGUCGUGCUGCUCCCGUGCAUCGCGCUGAUGAAGUCGACGGAACCCUCAACGCUGCACUUUCUCCCCUCUCGCUUUCGAAGAAGCAAGGCUGGCGAUUCAUCAGCGACAGCGGCCAAUGUCCGCAAAAGUCCCCUGGAGCUCAAAUGGCUCGUCCACCCGGGCUACGCCUUUGUGCUGCUGUUUGGCGUGUUCAGCAUCAUCGGCUACUUUGUCGCGCUCUACUCGCUCGCUGCGUUCGCGUCGUCCGGGCUCGGACUGACGCAAAAAAAAGCGUCGACGCUGCAGUCUAUCCUCGCCGCGGGUCAGAUGAUCGGUCGCCCCCUGUGCGGUCUCCUGCUCGACCUGGUUGGACGUCAUCCGUGCACCAUUGUCAUCCAGACCUUGGCCGGGCUGACGUGCUUUGCGUUCUGGCUCCCUGCGCGCUCCUUUGCUCUGCUCAUCGUGUUCGCCUUCACCCAAGGUGUGCUGGGCGGCACGGUCUGGUCGAGCGUCGCACCACUCUCGGCCGAGGUGGUCGGGAUCCGAGACUUGCCGUCUGCCCUGGCCAUGUUUUGGCUGGUCACGGUGAUCCCCGGCCAGUUCGGCCAGCCAAUGGCAGUAGCACUGAUCAACUACAGUGAGAACCACUUGGGAAGGAGAGGCGCGAACACGUACCUCAUCUCGAUUGGGUUCUGCGGAGCGUGCUUCGUCAUGAGCGGCGUCAUGCUCUGUAUGAGCUGGCGCUUCGUUCGCUUGAGGAACCAGGCUCAGCAGCUCGAGAGCGCCGAUCAGCAGGAGUCGAAUCCGCAGACAUCGCACUCCACACCACCAGCAUCGGAGCAAGCACGGGAAAAAGCGUAA